AAAUUAGAGAUGACAUUACUAAUUACUAUAGUCAUCUCAUUUUCUCUUCCCAACUAUUUUCUUCUCUUCACAUUCAUUUCUCUGUUGCAAACCCAGCUACUUUUUACAAAAAGAACCAGAGAACAUCUGUUUGGUUUGUAAACCAUGGCAAGAUUGAUAGCAUUUUUCACUCUUUGUUUACUCUCUGCUUCAGUUGCUUCUGCCACUUUCACUGGCAACCCUUUCCUUGUCAAGGGUAAAGCUUAUUGUGACACUUGCCGCUGUGGAUUUGAGACCCCUGCCACCAAGUACCUCGCUGGCGCAAAGGUUAGAAUUGAGUGUAGGCACAGGGUCAUCGAGGCAUCCACUUACACUGUUGAAGGUGUGACCAACUCUAAAGGAGAAUACAAUAUCUUGGUUAACAGUGACCGUGGUGACGAUGCCUGCGAUGUCAUCCUCGUUAAGAGCCCCGACCGCACCUGCACCAAGCCCAACGCUGGCCGUGAUCGUUCACGUGUAAUCCUCACCCGCAACAAUGGCAUGAUUUCCAACACCCGUUUUGCCAAUGCCAUGGGUUUCCUCCGCGAUGAGCCUCUUUCUAGCUGCACUCAGAUCCUCCAGCAAUACCAAUUGACAGAUGACCAAGUUUAAAGAAUUUGAGAAAUAUGCUGAACGAGUGGUAUCUUUAUGUUUGUCAUCGUUUCUGGAUGUGUCAAAACUGUAAUGUGUCCGUUUAAUUAGCUUAAGAAUAUAUUUUAAUGGCUCGUUAAAAUAGUCAGUACUUGAUUGUGGCUGGAAUAUUUGUUAGUUCUUCGGGAGCUAGUUACCUUAUACUUUAAUAUGUCCGAGACGACUUUUGCCGUAAUGAAGUUCCAAUCCUUUCCA